GAUCUGACAGAAAAGGCCAAUAAGUUUAAGGAGGCGUUGGAGGAGAAGGACGAGGAGAUGUCCGGCGACCCAUCGGCCGGACUCAUGAGACUAAUGAAACAAAUGUACAACGAAGGAGACGAUGACAUGAAGCGGACAAUUGCCAAAUCGUGGUACGAGUCCCGCAAUAAGAACUCAUCCGAAAUCGAUAUGAAACCCGAAAAUCUUGACAUUUGAAUGCAAUUCACAAGUAAUUGUCAAUUGGUUUUUAUUAUUU